AUGGCAAGCAAUAAAGUCAAUCUUCGAUCAUUGCAUUGGGCUGCGACAGCAAAGGCUUCGGCUGUAGCACAGAAGAUACCAACAAAACAGCUCGCUGCCCUUAGGAAUUACUCUCGUAUGGGGUUCGGCAGUCUGCACUCCCUUUGCUCCUCCCUCUUUAUAGUCUACUGA